AUGCCAGCACCAACUGCUCUCAAGGCACCUCCCCCGGAGGCUACUGCCUCCAUCCCCAUCCCUACCGAGAACGAAGAUGAGGACCUCCUCGAUGCGCCCACCGACGAGGCCACCUUCGCGAUCCCACAAGAACCCUCCGCAGAUGAAGAAGGCAUGCAGGUCGACGAUGCGCUCGACGAAGAGGGCCGACCAAGAUUUGCCCCCGCCUCCAAGGCCGCUGAUGUCGUGCGCAUCGAGCAACGCAAGGUCCCCAUCCCGCCGCACCGCAUGACGCCCCUCAAGGCGGCCUGGCCCAAGAUCUACCCGCCCCUCGUCGAGCACCUCAAGCUGCAGUGCCGGAUGAACAUGAAGAGCAAGAGUGUCGAGCUCCGCACGUCCAAGGUCACGACGGACACCGGUGCGAUUCAGAAGGGCGCCGACUUCGUGCGGGCGUUUGCUCUUGGGUUUGAUGUCGAUGAUGCGAUUGCGCUCUUGAGGCUGGACGAUCUUUACAUUGAGACCUUCGAGAUCAAAGACGUCAAGACCCUACAAGGCGACCACUUGGCCCGCGCCAUCGGCCGUAUCGCCGGCAAGGACGGCAAGACCAAGUAUGCCAUCGAGAACGCCUCGCGCACGCGCAUCGUCCUAGCCGACUCCAAGAUCCACAUUUUAGGCGGCUUCAAGAACACCCGCAUUGCCCGCGAGUCUGUCGUCAGCUUGAUUCUCGGAAAGCCGCCUGGCAAGGUGUAUAACGGGCUGCGGACCGUGAGCGCGCGGAUGAAGGAGAGAUUCUGA